CACAUUAGGAACGGGACUUCGGGGAGUUGGAUAGUCCACGCGGGCAGUGAUUGGUUGCCGAGAGGCGGGGGCGACUCGAUCGCCGGAGCUGUGUGCGCCGCGGUGAGGAGAGACAUGGGUCAGGCGACCAAGGUUUUACAGCUCUUUAAAACAUUACACAGGACCAGACAACGAGUUUUUAAAAAUGAUACCAGAGCAUUAGAAGCCAGAAUAAAGAUAAAUGAAGAAUUCAAAAGUAAUAAAAGUGAAACUUCUCCCAAGAAAAUAGAAGAGCUAAUAAAAAUAGGUUCCGAUGUUGAAUUGUUGCUCAGAACAUCUGUUAUACAAGCUAUUCACACAGACCACAAUACACUGAAAUUGGUCCCUAGGAGAGAGCUCCUUAUAGAAAAUGUGCCAUAUUGUGAUGCACCAACUCAGAAGCAAUGAGUUUUCUAGGAUAAAAUCAAGUCUUUUAGUUUUUAAUCCUAAAUAUAUAACUGUGGCAAUGGAAGUUUUGGAAAUGCAAGUAUUUCAGAACCAGCCUAUUGAAAGUGAAUGAAUUAAAGUACCAUUUCAUAAUUAAAUUUCACAUUAAAAGAACAUUGCUGAAAACUGCAGAACAUAGUUAAAUAUUUUUAGACAGCUUUAAAUAAGACAUGUCGUUUGCUUUGAAAAUCAAACUUGAUAAACUAAAAUAAAUGCUUAGGAGAUAUGUCGUA